AUAUUUUAAUUUUAGAAAUGAAUAAAUGCUAUUUCAUAUUACAAAAUGUAGAACGUUAAUAUAAUAGGUACGUAUAUUUUAUUAUAUUUUUUUAGCUUUGAAAUAAAUAAAAUAUGUAUAUUACUGUGGAUUUAUGCCGAUAAAUUAUGGUAUGCACGUGUUGGUAACACCAUUUACACGAUAUGAGGAGGUGAACUCUUCGGUGAUCCCCACCUACCACCCCACCACUCGCGUCAUUCCCGCGUCCCGCCCGUGAACGUACAAAUUAUUGAUAAAACUAGGUACUUCAAAAAGUUCAAAACGCCGAGUGCAUAUCAUAGAGAAAAGAAAACUACUCUACAGACAGUUUGAAUAAUCUGUCGCUUAAUCAGUAAUUACGAAUAUAGUCUAACUCUCUAAAGAACCAGUUAUUAAUUUAAUUACUUUUAAUAGGUACUUGAUAAUUAGAUUUAAUUUGCCACAGUUAAACCUAAUCUGGUUAUAUUAUUGAAUUCUUUGAAAUUAUUUAAACAAAAUUACAUUUGAACCAUGUUUUUAAAAUUCUCUCGAUGUAUUAAUACAUCAAUAACAAUGAGUGCACAACGUUAUUCCUCAACAUGGCCCACAAAAGCUUAUGUAAAUGGCGAAUGGUGUAAUGCGAAAUCUGGAAAAACAUUUGAUGUUGUCAAUCCAGCAACAGGAAAAACUAUUGCUACUGUACCAGAUUUGGAUACUUCAGAUACACAAGUGGCCAUAAACGCUGCAAAUGAGGCGUUUAAAACUUGGAAAAAUACAACAGCCAAAGAAAGGAGUGAUUUAUUGAGGAAUUGGUACAAUAUCUUAGUUAAAAACAAAGAUUAUUUGGCAGAAAUUGUAACAGCAGAGGCAGGCAAACCAUUACCAGAAUCACUCGGUGAAGUAGCAUACGGAAAUUCAUUUGUUGAAUGGUUUUCAGAAGAAGCGCGCAGAACUUAUGGUGAAUAUGUUCCUAGUCCAAUUAAAACCAAAGAAAUUUUAAUGAUUCGCCAACCGUUAGGACCUGUCGGUCUGAUUACACCGUGGAACUUUCCAAUUGCAAUGAUUACUAGAAAAGCAGGAGCUGCUUUGGCAGCAGGAUGUACAUGUGUUAUUAAACCUGCUGAAAAUACUCCAAUUACAGCAUUAGUGGCAGCAAAAUUUGCAGAAGAUGCUGGUAUCCCUAAAGGUGUAAUUAACGUUGUAACGGCAUCAAGAGGAAAUACUCCAGAAAUUGGUAAACUGCUAUGUGAAAGUCCAGACAUUUAUGGUAUAUCAUUUACUGGAUCUACAGAAGUCGGGAAAUUACUAUACAAACAAUGUAGCAGCACAGUGAAACGCGUCGGUUUGGAAUUAGGAGGAAACGCUCCAUUUGUAGUAUUUGAAGGAGCUGACAUCGACAAAGCAGUGACUGGAGCAAUGGCUUCAAAGUUCAGAAAUUGUGGACAAACUUGUGUAAGUGCUAAUAGAUUUAUUAUUCAAAAAAAAGUAUUUCCUGAAUUUGUUGAAAAAUUGAAAAAAGCUAUGGAUACAUUAGUCAUGGGAGAUGGUAUAAAUAGUGGUGUGAACUUAGGGCCUUUGAUAAAUCUCGCUCAGGUAGAAAAAGUCGACAGAAUAGUAAACGAUGCCAAAAACAAAGGAGCAAACAUUAUAACUGGUGGUAAACGAGCAUUGAAUUUUGGUGAACGAUUUUAUGAACCAACAUUAAUCACAAACAUCACUGAAGAUAUGGCCUGUUACAUAGAAGAGAUCUUUGGUCCUGUUGCAGUAUGUAUUGAAUUUGAUACAGAAGAAGAAGGUUUAAAGAUUGCAAAUAGCACAAACAGAGGAUUGGCUGGUUAUUUUUAUUCAAAUGAUUUAUCCCAAGUGUGGAGAGUUGCAAAAGCUCUAGAAGUCGGAAUGGUGGGUGUAAAUGAAGGCAUUAUAUCGUCCACAGAAGCAGCGUUCGGAGGUGUCAAAGAAUCUGGUCUUGGAAGAGAAGGAUCUCAUCAUGGCAUGGAUGAAUAUACAGAAAUAAAAUACAUUUGUUUUGGAAAUCUUAAAUACUAAACAUUAUUAUUUAUUAAUUUUUAAAUAUUUAAAUGUAAUACCUAGGCAAGUAAUGAAUAUUAAUGUCUUCCAUUAAAAUAAAUUUUGUCUUCCAAAAAUAAGUGAUAAAAACAAACCUAUCUAAUAUAAUUGAAUUUGUUUGAAUAAAAUAUAGUGUAUUUAACACAACUAUAAUUAAACAAUUACAAACUCAAUCUUAUUGUUAAUUCUUUAAAACAUAAAUCCACAAAU